AUGGCUGUAUCAUGGACGAUGAUGUUUCGAAAACAUCAUGGUAUUAUUAUAGAAUCUGAAAUAUGUAAAUCGAUUUUCAAAGCAAUUCAUCAACCAAGUCAACAAAUUAUUUGCGUAAAAAGUCUUUCACUACUUAGUUCAUCAUCAAUUAAUGAAGCUUAUUUACUUCGUAGUAUACUUUCUACUGAUGAUAAUUAUAAUAUUCAUCCAAAUAUUUUAUCCCUUUUAUCAAUUAAAUAUUUACCAACAUUAACAAUAAAUAAUUCAAUUUAUUUUAUUUUUGAUUAUGCAUAUAAUCGUGAUUUAGCAACACAUGGUUUAUUAUAUGGUGGUACAGAAAAACAACUAACUAAUGAACAAAUACAAACAUAUUUAUAUCAAUUACUUUCAGCGAUUAAUUUUUGUCAUGAUCGAUUAGUUUAUCAUUGUGCUAUUGAAUUAAAACAUUUACUUAUAACACGUACAGGACAACUUAAAUUAUCAAAUUUUGAAUAUGCUAAACAUGCUGUAUUGCCAACAAUGAGAAUCAAUAUAAGUGAUGUUUCUUGUUUUUCUCAAUCGCCACCAGAAUUACUUCUUGGUGAUCGAACUCUCAAUAGUUCAUUAGAUAUGUGGUCAGUUGGAUGUGUUUUUGCUCAGUUAUGUUCAUCAACUCAAAUUCAACCAUUAUUUCAUGGUAAUCAUCA